AUGUGGGAUAACAUGCAAAUAUCCGGUUAUAUCUUAGCUUCGUUACUUGCUAUGGCAGGCGAUGGACACCCAGUAAGUUCAAGACUGGAAACCGUGGGAAGGGAUGACAAGAUUGAAGACCUGAUGCCGUAUUGUCCUCCUACCCACAAAUAUGCCACAAUUGUGGUUCUACCCUCUUUUCUAUGCUGUUGGAAAGGGUGGUCUCGGCCAGUGUUCGGACCUAUUGCUGCGUAA